GCCAUUAAACUAAAAGAAGAAGAAGAAGAAGAAGAAGAAGAGCUCGUAGCAGAAGAAGAAUAUGACGAAGACGUUUGUUUGAGUGAUACUCUUCAAUAAGUCGUUAUUAUCUGAUAGAAAAUAUUUUGAGCAGUACCAUUUUCUUUAUAAAGCUAUAUAUUUGUGAAAUUGCUUACGGCGUUCCGUGAGGGGAAAAAAGUAACGUUAGCCGACUCCGCCCCUAAUUUUUUCCACUCAUUUAAACGAAGAGAACUUUUGUUUACACCGUGGGCGUUAGCAUCGGUUGUCAACUGACGCCAACAUGGCCCAACAAGCUGCUGCUCUACAGACGUACAACAAUGAACUCGUCAAGUGUAUUGACGACCUGUGCUCCAAGCGGCAAGAGUUGAACCGUCAGAUCAAGCUGGAGGAAGAGGAGAAGGAGCGACUGCAGCAUGACAUCCACAUCCUGUCAGAGAAGCUGAGCAGAGUCAAUGAAAGCCUCGCACAAAGACUGGCUGCACGCGCCACCUUCGACCGCACCAUCGCAGAAACCGAGUCUGCAUACACCAAGAUCUUGGAGAGUUCCCAGUCUCUACUCAGCGUCCUGAAGCAUGAGACAGGAAACCUCAGCAAAGCCACAGAGCCUCGCAGGAAAGAGCACUAAAGCACAGGAUUGGCUCUUGAAAAACUUUUCUAUUCCAAAUUUGAAUGUAGUUUUUACACCAAUAAAUUAUUAAAAUGUAAUGUUGGGGGGGUUCAGAGUUGGGUUUUAGCUUGGCGUGGGUGGCGGCCGCAGCAGUAGCCCGUGUUAGGGAUUAUUGUGCCUGUUGUUGGACAAUUCAAACCUGCAAUAAAAGCCUGUUGU